CAGAUCAGCUAUGCUGGCAUCCUUUGCUUCCGCAUGCUGUAAUAGCAAAAGGAUUUCCGAUUCGAGAUCGAACUGCUGGAAAAGGUCUUGAGAUUUCAUUUCCAGAUAUGGCCAUGUUGAGUCAAAGCAUGAGUUUCACCGAAUAUGAUAAUGGUUUAAUUGUAGAAGGACUUAGGUCCGUUCUGAUACCAAUGGAAGCUCUCUCGCAAGAUAAAGCCAUCCAAUGGCAUAUGGAGCACAAGAGGCAAACAGAGCCACCAGAGUUAAGAACCAUAUCCGAAAUCUUCGCCAUGAUACCAAAUUCCAAGUGGUAUAAGUCCCAACAGCCCGACGAAUUGUUCCAGAAAAGGUGUUUCCUUGGUUGGGCAGAAGAGGUUGCUGUUAUGAUUGGGGCCGAGCAAUUCUCAACAACAGAGGUAUUCCCGUCUCGAGCGAAAAAAUGUUCCAAAAAGUACCACAUUACAAAAUCGCACGCCUUUUCGAUAGGUACAUCUGGGGUAGGAAUUGUUGCCAAUGCCAGCAUGGCUUGGCAAACUUCUCAACCUUCAAAGAUGACAUGGAACAGAUUCAAAAGUACCCGUGCCACACUGGCUGAUGAACAUCGAUUUAGCCUCCUUAUCUACGACACCGAUCAACAAAUCGGGUGGCUAUUACCCCGGUUAAGCGUAAUACUCUACUCGGCCUAUAAGAUUUUCACAAGACGCGAGCAGAUCGGGCACCGAUUAAUUUCAGAAGGCAAGGAGACAGCUUUCAAGCAUGCAAAACCUGAUGCCGAUGGAGCCAGUGCAGCUUUCUCGGCUCUAGAUGAACUUAUGCUGCUUGAAGCGAGAACAUCUCAAGUAUCUGACGACAAGGAGAAAUUUUCUGAUACCAUUGAGCAAGUCAUUUUUGGGAUGGAUAAGGUGCGUGAUGGGCUGGAUUUUGCGAACACAGAGUCUGAACGAAUUGGAUCUGAUUUGUAUGGUGUCGAGCUCAACGACUUUCUUGAGUUGGAGCCCCCUAUUGAUAUCAAACACGUACGUGUGAGCCAGCCCUGGACUCGGAUGGCGAGAUCCAGAAACUGUGGCAUGGUUCUUUUCUGCCGCGGAUUCGGUCAACCGAUCAUUCCAACGUCACCACAAAGGUUAUGCCCGUCCUAUCAGAGCGUUCCGCCUAAACGCUGUCUAUUGGCUACCACAGGGACAGUAUUGCAUACCUUUAUGAAGACGCAUCAUAAUGGACCGGAAGGCACAACACUAGGAGACACAGUAGAAUGGAUGUGCAAAGGAGCGUGCCUGGUCCAAUCGCAUAUGCAUGGGCAAAAUAGCCCUAUUUAUCACGAACAAAGCCUUCGCGACGUCAAAAACUGCAGUCCGAAUCGUGUACUGCUCGAGUCAGUCAGUCGCUUCAUGUCAGGUGGCUUUAUAUUUACAGACCGCUCCCGAAAGGCUUGUUCGGAGGUUAUCGCUCCAUUGCAAUCAGGAUUCCUUGACGCCGUCAGGCCACGAUCUUGGGAGAAUAGCAAACCUAUUCCCCAAGUGCCCGAAGACGAUUCUAGCAGCCACAUUUCAAACGACAGCGAAACUGGACUUACCACCGAACAUUUGCAAACGAGUUCAAUCUCAAGUGAUGAAUCUCCCCGAGUAGAGGAGGAGAAUGGCCAGCUAGUCAUACAACGCUUGACAAGUAGCACAGCAAUCGAGGCUCAGGACAUACUAGACAGUCGACAAGAUGCUGAGUACGUUACCGAUGGUUCACCUUCAAACCAACCAUAUCCAGCGCCUUUCUCGUCAUCGAGCACCCCAAGGGAAUUGAAGAAAGAUGACUAUCUGAAACUGGGAGAUUUGAUGGACAGAGGCAACAGUCAAGCUCGUGUGAAGACGGUAUGUGAUGAGCGCGUUCGAGAGAUGCCAGCCGAUAGUAACAUAACACAAACGGUAACCACAAGCCCCAGCGGGCAAGCGCAAAAGAAAGGCAAGCGGAGAGAAAUAUUGUAGCAUGAUGUUAGUAAGUAGGCGAAAAUUGUUGCAUUGCCUUUGGCGGGGAGCCAUCUCGUACAUUUCUUGACAUUCUCGCGCUAGGCGUUUUAGUAUUUAACCACUUUAUUUAGCUUGCAAAUAAUUCUCACCAGAUUAAAAUAAAA